UUAAUGCAGCUGAGCACCAGCAAGAGACCAUUGUUAGCAAUGUUUCUGUAGCGCUCAUGUGAUUGCAGAGUUUGCUAAACAAUUGGCCACUGUAUUGAUGCAAAUAAUCAUGAUAUUAUUCUGCUAGGUAGGCAUGGUCUACUUUGUUUGCUGUACAGGGUCUUCAUGUUGCUCUACACCCUGAUUUGGUGUAUGUACUCUGGCCUGCUGUUCUCCAAUCUCAAGUGGCUUCUUCAGCCACCUGACCUACUGCCUGAUGGUCAUCUACCACCUGGUUGCUUCCUGUAACCUGGCCUGUGCCACAGUCCUAGUCAGGUGCCACAGCAGGGACCAAAUAAAGACCUGCUCUGGAGGGGACCAAACUAGAGAGCGUGGAAUCGGAGCAGAGCCCUUGGGUCCUUUCCCUCUCCCCUCUCUCCUCUUCAUCUCCCCGAGACUGCAGUGGUUCCUCCACAGCCUGAUGUGUGCCUUCUGCCUCGCUGUGUCCUUCCUCUACUGGAGCCUUGACUACCCCAUGGAGAACCACCCUCUGUCCCCAUUCAACCUCAAAAUGCACAUGGGAAAUUCUGCCCAGGCCCUGCUGGACCUUCUCCUAUCAGCAACGCCCAUCUACCUGGCCCACUACCUCUAUCAGCUCCUCAUUGGCUGCCUUUACAUCCUGUUUGCUGUGGUCUACUGGCUGGCAGGCCAAACCAACCUCAGUGGAAAGCCCUACAUUUACAAGGUACUGGACUUUGGAGGGUGCCCCUUGGUGGCCACUCUGUGUGUGCUUUGCUUUGUUCUGGUCUGCUUUCCCCUCUGUCACUUCCUGGUGUGGAAUGUGCAACUGCUGAGGAGGCAGCUGGCGGGCAGGGUAAGGGGAGAGAGGCUGAGAGGCUUGGUGGUGGGGGGAGGGGGCGGCCCGGUGCCGGUCUCCCUCUUGGACCCAUUCUCCUCAGUGUUAACCCCCAGGAGGAGGGGAGAGGUCUGCGGCGAUGGGGCCACUCAGUCCCUACUCUCAUCCACCACCAGUCAUUUCUACAGUGCUGUCACUGUCUACCUCUGAGGUCCAGUCUGAACUAACAUAGAGCUUGAUGCCAUGUUGUUUUACAUGUUCUGCAUAAUGUCAUCCAUCUGUGUUGUCCUGUCCCUGUCAGGCCAAACAAUACGAUGCUUAACAGAUCUUCUCUUCACUUUGUAGUGUGUGGUGUUAUAGUUGCCUGAUCCAAAAGGUAACAUCACAGUGGCCAAACUAUGUUAGACUUUGUAUCACCAGGGGGCAGUAACAGUAUUAGUUGCUUUGAUCGAACGUGUUCAGCCUUAAUCAAUUCAAAUAGUAGGAUCAAUAAAUUAGCCAGCUUACAUGAUUAACACUGAAAUUCUAGAGUAGGCUCAAGUUGGGAGUGGGAGUAACAAGUCAUUAAUAACAUGCUGGUUUUAGGGUUGUUGUUUUUUCUGAAUAUUGUACAAGUUUGUUAAAUUGCAUAUUUUAUCGAAACUACAAAACUGUGGAUGGAUCCUACUUGCAGAAUACACAGGCCACUGUUGUCCUGUCCAUCCUCACACAAAGCAAAUAACACAGCUGCACAUGAAGUCUAAAAUAUGAAUGAGGCUUAUGUGAGCAGACUGGUGUGCCAAUAAGAGCAAUGAAGAAAAUAUAUGGUAAUUUGACAUUAAGAAAAUUGUGGGACUUGCUCUACCUGUUUAAAAUAAUAGUUGUGGUCGUUGAAGAAGUUAUUACAGUUUUUACUUAAACAAAACAAACAAAGCAGUUAAAAUAUAGUGAAAGUUAAAUGUAAAAUAAUUGGUCUGAUUACUUUGAUAUACUACUAUAUCAACCUUAUUACUUUGGAUAGAGGGGAAAGUUAGAUCACACAUUUCAUCAGAAAUAACUACACUCGGACUACUACAUUUUUUUAUACUCUCCUACUAAAAUACCACAGUAUAUGACAACGUAAUAAUAGAGCACAGAAGACAAUGAGGCAUUGUUGAAGUUUUAAACAAGUCAAAUAUUUUAUUUUUUACAACUUAUUUUGAUGACAGAGCGAUCAGUGGGAAGAGGGCCGGAAAGGGGGAACCCCUUCCCUCAGAGCACCUCUGCUUCCAGGGGGGACACUCAAGUUAACUGAGCAUAGCAUAUAAAGGGUCCGUUUUAGUUUUUUUUUUAUGUAAUUUUCUCCGUUUCUCCAGUUGUUGUUUUUAUUUUUUCAGGUUUUCCCUCAAAAUCACACUAUUAAUAGAAAAACAACAAUACUUAAACUACAUCAGGAGACCACUUUUGAGGUCUGGAAAUGUUUUAUUAAAUGUAGAUUUUUGGGUGUAGUUACCCUUUAAUGCAGCUGAGCACCAGCAAGAGACCAUUGUUAGCGAUGUUUCUGUAGCGCUCAUGUGAUUGCAGAGUUUGCUAAACAAUUGGCCACUGUAUUGAUGCAAAUAAUCAUGAUAUUAUUCUGCUAGGUAGGCAUGGUCUACUUUGUAGUUAACAUUUAAUUGAGGAGGUUUUGGGAAAGCCUUUCCAUCUCUACCAGAAGAAGGUUAUCGUUAGCAUCAUCGCAAACGGCGACAUAAGGUGUAGACAUACAGUACGCGCGCGCACCGCGCACACACACAAGUUCAAUACAUUUAGUAUUGGAAAUUAGUUGCGCUAUGAAGACAGCUCCCUCCAAGGCAUGUGUUGCUAGGCAACCCCCCUGCAAUUACCUGGGCAGUCCUGCUCCCUCGAUGGCUAAAACCAGUGUGAGAAACGUGCUAAUUUAGCAGACACUCUUAUCCAGGGUUAAGUGCCUUGCUCAAGGGGCACAUCAACAGAUUUUUCACCUAGUUGGCUCAGAGAUUCAAAUCGGUCACCUUUCAGUUAGUGGCCCAAUGCUCUUAACCGCUAGGCUACCUGCCGCCUAACAAAAGUUUGUGGUAGUGUUGUUAGACAAAGCAAGGAAAGUGAACUUCAAAACAUGAUGUAGUUUUAUUGGAAUCUGCAGCUGUUGUUGGUAACUAAUGAAUCUGCUAGCUUCUGACAUGACUUACUGCAUCUUUAAUGACAGCAGUUGAUAUAUUACUACAACGGAUCUACCUCUUGAAUGUUAGAAGCUAUUCCUGUUCUGAGAAUUAAAGGACGAUUUCAUACGUUCAAAGUUUUUGGUAAAGUGGUCAAAGUAGCUGAUUUGUGUCAAAAGUUACAUUGUUUACAGUUAAUAGAAUAUAAUGUUGGGAGUCAUGUCGUCACAAUGGCCCUUUAGAAUUCUGAGGAAAUCCCAUGAAAGUGGAUGGAGGACAAAAAAUAAGUUUAAAAAAAGCGUAAUCUUUUUUUUUUUAAGUAUAAAAGAUAUCAAAACGUUGUAUACAAGCAUACUAUUUCAGAACAAUCGGCACGUUUUAAAGUUUGAAUGACGUUUCUAGCUUAAACAGUGUAGGAGGAGUAGUGUUCCAAAGAAAAAUAAUAUGAAGUAUGAUGAAGAUUUAGAAUGGGACAUUUGCUUCGCAAGUCCCAUUAAUUACACGCAACCACCCCCCAAUUCCUUAUUCGUUUGUCACAUAAAGAACUGACACAUUACAUUAUAGCCAAAAUGUACCAUACUCAUAUUAGUAUGCCAUCAGUUGGAGGUAAGAGCACUACAACACACCUUUCUAUCCCCCAGCACUUGGGGACUGGUAGUAGCCCAGUCUCCCUCCUGAAUUGGGUGGAUUAGUGUAAAGUGGGGGCAAGUCGUGACAUCCCAAGUUCUUUACUGGAACUCGGCUUUUAAGGGGCAGCACAAAUAAUGGUUUAUUCGAGCAGGUUUCAUUUACUUAACAAAGAUGAGGAUAAUAGCCCGGCAAAAUUCCUGCUGCUUUCAUACAAUCACAUCAGGUGGUGUGUGACCGGAUUGGCCUGCUUGGCCCGAGUCUCCUCUCUGAUUGACAGCGUGACAGCCAGGCCUCAGCAAAUUAAGUGACAUUAAGGCAGUCCAGUGACAGCCAGCCUUCAUCUCCUUGUUGAUUAAUACCACAGCGACAAAAUGAGAGGUCUAUUCCAUCUGCAGACGGUAAAUGGGAACAUUUUGGCAGUUGUCAUCUUAGUACAACUAAUUGGGGACUUGCUGGAAUGCAUCAUAUCAGUUUACAAGGAGUUUUAUUUAACACAAUAGCCACAGAUGCACAGUCAUGGGUGUAGAUUUUAAGUCUGAAGAAAGGGUUAAAUGUGAUGCUAUCUUUACUGACAUUUUACCUUAGUACAUAUUCCUCGAUUUUUUCCCAGAUUUCCAGAGCAUGAUCUGUGAUCUCUCCAGACAGAGGGUUUUGACCAUUAUACAGUGCCUUGCGAAAGUAUUUGGCCCCCUUGAACUU